AUGGAUAGGAGUCUUUAUGGUUCGCUUAGACAAACUCUCGAGAAUGUAGAUGUGUCGAAUCUUACGUGGCGUGAUCUCGAAGCGAGUAUGGUUAUUAGCGACGACUCAUUCAUGGUAAAAAAUCUAGGGCGUAGACAGAAGAGUACUUUUUUGGAACCACGAGAAAAUAUGAAAUGUGGUAUACCCGAUUCAGUUACGACGAAGUGUAAUGAAUUUAUAAGUAAUUUUAACAAUUCGAAUACUUCAUGGGUUAUGAGGAAUACUUCCCAUGAUAAAAUGUGGAAAGAGGAUGAAAGUACGAUAAUAAAAAUAACCGAACGUAUUCUUGGAACACUGUUAAGUAAUUUCCUGAUAAAUGAUAUACGUUUUCACAUGUUACUAGUACACUUUUAUCUAAUCACGUCAUGUCGGUGUAUUCUAUGCAUUAGUGGCGAGAUAUGGAAAAAUCCCGCAUUUAUGACUAGUACAUCUCGCAGUGAACAAAGUGAAGGUACUUAUGUCACAGACGUUAUAAUUCCUUUGCUUCGAUCGAGUUUGGGAGGCGAUAUUGUUUGCUUAAGCACGGCAGAGCGACAGAGUCUAGCAAGCAAAGCUAGACGAAGUAUAAGAGUAGAUGAAGAGCGAAUGGGAAAGAAGCCUGAUAUUAUGGGGUUGCUGAAACGGGAUGAAAAGAUUUUAGAGUUGAUGUACGUCGAGUCUUCACGUAUCAUCUGUACUAAUUCGAAAAAAGUAGAUGAUGACGUAAAAUUAUGGAGAGAGACAUUAGAUGGGAUGAGUUUUAUAGAUGCAUCGUGUAGACCAGUCAGAAACCAAUUUGGGAUCGUAGGGCUCCAGAUUGCCGGUACGGACUUGCGUCUCAAUGUUCUAGUAAAGGACUUGGGCGGUAUACCAAGAUAUUUCCACUUAGACCAUUCUGAAAUUCCAUUAACACCAUAUACGUCACACACUAAAUCUCUAGUUCGUUUAUUAUUAACCUUAAGAAAUAUAAUGAUCGUUAACAAAAGCUUAUUAGUGCAGGCAUUAGAACAAGCUAAUACUCAUCCACCCCGAAAUGUUAACCCAAGUCCUACCGUUUCAUCUCCACCCUAUAAUUAUUAG